AUGUGGAAAUGCAUGUGGCCGAGGAAGAAAGAGACCGAUAAAGAGGAGAAAGAAGCAAUCACCACACAAUCAACAAAUGAAGAAAAUAACCAGGACUCGCAACAAACAAGAGGUCGUGGUAGAGGCGACAACUCAAGAAAUGUUGCUAACGUUGUUAAAGAAAAGGCUAAUUACGUUGAUGAAGAAGUGGAACCUACUUUUUUGUUGGCAGACAAAGGUAAAAGGGGUGAAGAAGACAUGUGGUAUUUUGAUACCAAUGCUAGCAACCAUACAGGUGGUAACAAAGAAAAAUUCGUUGAUCUUGAUGAAUUAGUAAAUGGGAAGGUGACAUUUGGAGACUUGUCACAAAUUUUGAUUUACACUGAAAGCCUGAAGCUGAAGACUACAAGGGCGUUUCUGGUCAUUGCUCAGGAAUCAGGACCUCAGAGAAGCCAAAUAAGUGACGAUGAUCAAUCGAAAAAGGAUAUACCUAGUGGUAGUGCAUCUAACAUUGGCGAUGAUCAAUCGAAAAAUGAUAUACCUAGUGAUUUUGAUUUGCAUCUUCCUGCUCCACCUCAAGUUGUUGAACCCAAACAACUUCACUCCGCUUCUAUUGAAAGAGAUCCCAGGUUACAUAUUCAAAUACAUGAAUACCCGGUGAAUCAAAGAGAUGGGGACUUCACUGGUCAAGAUGUUAAAACAUUGAAGUUUCAGUUGAUGCAUUAUCAACUUGAUGUACCUAGUGAUCCCGAGUUUCAGAAUAUUUCUUCUUUUACUGAUUUAUGUCGGGAACUAGUUCCCACCCCAUUGACAAUUCCUGAAUCUGCCUUUGCAAGUGGUUAUGAUAUAAAGGCUCUUCGAUUUGAUAUAGGUGGUGAAUUUACAUCAAAUUAUUUCAAAAAAAUUUGUGAAGAAAAUAGAAUUCACCAUCCUUUAACAGUUUCAAGAUCGCUCCAACAAAAUAGAGUUGCUGAAAAGAAGAACAAAACCAUUCUCAAUAUGGCUCGAAGUAAGACACUACAAGAAGCAUGGAGUGAAAGAAAGCCAAGUGUCUCUCAUUUGUGGGUUUUUGGGAGCAUUGCCCAUGUGAAUGUGUCGGAUGAAAGGAGGACCAAGUUAGACAACAAAAAUGAAAAAUUGGUGUUCAUUGGAUUUAAGAUCCAAAGGCUACAAAUUGUAUAA